UUUCAUAUAUAAGUAAAUCAAAAGAGUACAUGAUGAAUUAGUCAAACAGCAGCAUCAUGCAUUUAAAAUUAGCAGUUUUGGCUUUUUUGUUGUACUUUGCAAAUAAAAGGGCAAUUGCAUCCCCUUUAAGUGCAACACACUACGAAGACGAUGAUUUAAUAGUUGAAUUGGAGAAUUUAGGCAAAAUUCGUGGACAUAUUCUUCAAAGUAACGAAGGAAAAGAUUUCUACGCUUUUCAAGAUGUUCACUAUGCAGAAUCCACAGCAGGAAAUAACAGAUUUAGGCCCCCCAAACCUCGUGCUCCUUGGGAAGGAAUAUUGAAUGCAACAGAAAACAAAGUAGUUUGUCCACAAGCAGACAACCCAGAUGCAGGUGAAGACUGCUUGGUUUUGAAUGUUUAUACACCAGUAAAACCCAAUUCUGACGUAUUAUUACCAGUAUUCUUUUUUAUUCCUGGCGGAGCAUUCGUCACUUUCAGUGCCCAAAUAUCAAAUUUGGACCCAAAGUAUUUGGUUGAUUAUGAUAUAGUAAUCGUAACAAUCAACUAUCGACUGGGAUCAUUUGGAUUUUUAACAACACUUGAUGAAACUAUCCCCGGUAAUUUAGGACUAAAGGAUCAACUUCUGGCCCUUAAAUGGACACAUGAGCAUAUCCAUAAAUUUGGAGGAGAUGCUAACAAAUUAACAGUAGGUGGACAAAGUGCUGGGGGUAUGUCUACUGGAUUUCAUUUACUCAGUAGAGCAUCUAAAGGCUUAUUUAGGGGCGUUAUUCAACAAAGUGGCUCAUCAAUAUCCAGUGUCUUUUAUCCAAUAAACGAUAGAGAACUGGCAUUUAAAUUUGGUAAAGCCUUAAACAGUUCAUUUACAUCAACCGACUCAAGAGAUUUAUUAGAAAUGUUGCAACAAGCAUCUUUUUCAGAUCUAUUGGCUCUCAAUACUGAGUUCACCUCUGGAGUCACAACUGGUUUUAUGGAUGGCUUGACGUUUAGACCCGUUAUCGAGGAUGACCACGAAGAUGCUAUUGUAACCGAACCAAUGCAGGCUGCUCUAUCGAACGGCCGUUUUAACAGAGUACCUGUUCUCAUCGGCUUCAAUUCUGAAGAAUCUUUGGCUUUCCUAGGACUAAUUGGAGAACAAAAUAUCGAAGAAAGAGCCAAAUUACUAGAUGAAAAUCCAGCAAAUGUAGCAGAAGCCCUCAAUGUAGCUGAAGAAGACAAAGAAAACGUUGGUAAACAAUUAAAAGCAUUAUAUACUUCUUCUUCUUUUACGGAUGAUAGAGAUGCAUUGAUAACGUUUACAAGUGACGCAGUUUUUGUACGAUCAAUAAUACGUCAAGCCGAAAGCAUAUCUAGGCACGUACCUGUGUAUCUGUAUGACCUAACAUAUUUACCAGAGGAUAGUACUGCUCAAGGAGUCGCGCAUGGAGUAGACAUGCGGUAUUUGUUUGGUGGAGAUUCUCACGGCCUAGUAUUUAAUGAAAAUCUCCGAAAAUCUUUAUUAAAGUUUUGGACUAAUUUUAUUAUAUACCAAGACCCCACUCCUAUUUUCGAUGAAGAUCUUCAAGACGUCAUUUGGUCACAAGUAAAACAUGACGCUGCCGCUGUAAAGUACUUAGAAAUAGAUUCGCAGUUCACACUGAAGGAAAAUCCCAAAAAUUAUAACAGUAUUAAGAAGCUGUUGGAUCAUUACAUACGUCAACCCUACAUAACUUAUUAAAAGCCAGUGUUGCCAAUCGCAUUUCUCUAGAUUAUCCGAUGAUCGCUCGAAAAAUAUCCGAUUCGUCACGAAAAGGUACGCUAGGUCAAAAAUUAUUCUGUUAUUAAAAUCAAUGUUGACAAUGUUAUUCUUGUAGUCCCCUUAACAACCAUCAAAUAACAAAAUUCGUUGUUCGUACGCCAAUUAGUUGAUUGUAAUCAAUUAUCAUUAUGAUAAUUAACGUAAUUGAUUGAUUAACUAAUUAUUAAUUAUCAAUUAACGUAACAAUUAGGGAGCGUUCAAGUAUUACUUAACGCGAUUUUUGAAGAUUUUUGACUCUCCGCCCCCCAACCUGCGUUACGUAAUACUUGAACGCUCCCUUAUUAACAUAAUUGAUUAAUUAAUCAAUUAAUCUCAUAAUUGUAAUCAAUUAUGGUUUUCAGCAACCCAAUCAAAGUUGACAUUGACAGUAAUUAAAUAUUUGAUAAUGAUCAGUUGAUUCCAUUUCUGAUUAGCGUUCGAACAACCGGCCCUUUAAUCUACUGGAUUCUCUAUUUCCCGGUUUAAAAAUUUUCGUUUAUAGAUGAAAAUCUCGUAUCCUAGCUGAUUAUUACCUAAUUCAUGUAUGUAAAUACUAUUUACUGACUAUUAUUAUAUUAUUCGUAUUUUGUAUUAUCGUAAGUGUUAAAUUCUAAAUAAAUAAAUAAAUCUAAAUAUUUCAUUAUUUGGAUCGUUAUAUUAAUUUAUUAUAAUUAUUUAAGUAAAAAGAAACACUUUUAAAUAUUAUUUUAUUAAAACGUAUUAACUAUCUAAAACUAGGUACUGGAAAAAUAAAUAAUAAAUAAAUCAAUACAAAAUAAACUACAGCUACAUUAAUAGCAUAAGCGCAAAAUUUCUGGUCAAUGCUUUUAAAAUGCAUUAUUUUUAUCGAGUCCUGAGUUACUUAAGCACUGCACUACAUAAAAUGAAAAUAAAACUAAAUCGUUCGUGAAUUAGCUUUCAUAAGUUUAAAGACUAGAAACUAAAAACUCAUCGGACGGCAAUAAACUCAUACUCAUCGAACUAAUACUCAUCAAAACAAUAACAUCGGACGGCAGACGGUUUUUGAAAUUUGAAUUGUAUUAGUAUGCCUUAAGUGGAUGCACUUGUGCAUUUAAAUUCUAAACAAAAGAAUCGGCACAUGUCCUUUUUGUCAAAAGAUGAAAAGUAUUGGAUGUCACUAACAUUCAUCCAGUAUAGACUAUUUAUAAAAAUUUGGACGGAACCAAACAAAAUUAAUGUGUUGUUGGUGUUGGGAAUAUAUGGAUGAAAAAGUUUUAGUCGAUGGUAGAUACACUGAAAAAUAUCCGCAAAUAUCCGAUUUAUUUAAAGAUACGAAGAAGAUACGACAACGCUCAAAAAGGUACGCAAAUCGGAUAAUUAUCCGCCGAUUGGCAACACUGUUAAAAGCCCUAAAAUAAAACAGCAUUCAUUGUCUUUUAUAGAAAUAAAUAUUAUAAAUGUGGAAUUAUAUAAAUAUGCGUUUAA